GGAAGUUAAUUUAUAAGAUUAAAUUGGAAUAAAUUAUUAUACAUAUCCCCACUACUGAAGAAAAAAAAGAAUAUAAAACAAGAGUGCAAUCAUAAAGUUUGAUUAAGAAAUAAUAUUUGUAUAUGGGGAGCAUAACUGAAGAAUAAAGGUCGAAUGUUGACUUAAGGGGAACACAGAGUGGAAAAUGAACAGAAUUGAGAGAAGUGGUGAGGAAUCUCCAUAUCUAAACGAGUGAAGUGUGUGUUAGGGUCAUGUUUCUUGUUGUACAAGGCAAACAUUUGGGUCCCCAUUACCCUCCUCCUGAUCUGUGUCUAGUCAACUGGGAUGACUUACUAGUGUUAAAUGUAACUCCGAUAACAAAUUUCCACCAAAUUUUGAUGUGUGGAAAAGGAAAAUGUAUUAUUUUCCAAGCAAAAACGUCCAAAAGUACAGAAAAGAGAAAGCGAUCAUUUCCCUUAUCAAAAACAAAAAGCGAUGGCAUCCCUGACCCCAUGAAAAAAGAAUGAGGACUUAACAACUUCUUAGGUAAGGUAAUAAGAGGAAGACUUUACAAUUUACUGUGACAAAGUCAACUGGUGGUGAUAAUGAAUGACCUUUACUUAAUAAAAGCACCAUCUCACUCUCACUACUACUCUGUCUCUCAUUGUUUGUUCGUUCUGCACACACUGAGAAAAAAAAAAGAAACACAAAGAGAGUAAAUCCCAAAACCAGUAGCUGUGAGAUGGAAUUCUAGUGCUUCAUCGGAAAUCACAAGUACCCAAGAAGCCAUUUUUAUUUUCAGCUUUCUUAUCCCGCCAUUACCUCAAGUCUCACACCCACACAAAAAUUUGGUAGCUAGAACAGAAAAGUGAGUAGCAGCCCAUCAACGGUGCCAAUGGGACUUACAUUCAAUCCAACGGAACAGGAGGUGAUCAAUCACUUGGAGCUGAAAACUCUCGGAAUGAAUUCCAAAUAUGAUCUUUACAUUGUUGAGAUUGACGAUAUGUUGAAGUUUGAACCUUGGGAAUUAUCUGCUAAAUUGAAGUUAAAUUCAACUAAAGAAAAUGAGUGGUGGUUCUUGUAUCGGUCAUUUUACAGGAGCUCGAGCUCCCAAUGUAGGAAUAGGAAGACUAAAACAGGGUUUUGGAAGGUAACCGGAAGGGGAAAGGAAAUUGAAAACAGCUUAGGAGAGAAGUCAUAUCUUACCUUCUAUAAAGGUAGUAGUAAGUCUUCCCAAAGGACAGGUUAUACCAUGCAAGAGUUCUUUAUUCCUCCCCUUCAUCACCUUCAUCAGGAUGAGUUCAUCCUUGUCAUUUGCUCUUUGAAGUGGGACUCUCGUAAAAGAGGCAGGAAGUCUGAUAAGCAGAAGCCAACUCUUCUUAAUUCUGGCUCGAAGAAGAAAAAGCAGAAGGAAAAUGCUCCACACCACAAGGAAGGUGAACCAAUAUUUGGCAACAAUAUUAUCACUUCUGAUCUUGUAAAUCCAAUACCAUCUGCUGCAAUUCCACUGGUACUUGGUCAUGGUGAUGUGAAUUAUCAACCGGUCUUGCCAAUGGUGUCUCCAGAUGCCAACUUCAAUUACCAGACAUCGAGUUUUAUGCUUGACAAGGACUUCCAAGUUCCACCUGUAGCAGAUGGUAAAGUAAGUGAAAUAACCACUUUUGAUCUUGGAGAUCCAUCAGCAUCUGUUGAUGUUAGUUCAUUGGUUUAUAACGAUGUGAGUUUACAACUAUACUCACCAGAUUCCAGCCAACAGACAAUGAGUGCUGUGUUUGGGAAUGCGAUACCAGCUCCAUCUGGAGUAGAAGGUAAACUAAGUGACCUAAUUUCUGAUUUUGCACAAGUUCUCGACAAUGAGAUGCAAGCUCCAUUAGGACCUAUUGUUAUAAGUCAAACGUUGCAGGAAUAUCGUCACAAUGAAGUGAGUAGUCAGUUUGCCUCGCCCGACAAUGAGGUGCAAAUUUCAUCUGAUCUUCAAAAUCCAUUAGCAUAUGGUUUUAUUAGUCCACCAUUACAUUAUGAUGACUAUGCUAGUUUUCAACCGGUCUCACAAAUAUCCUCAUUAGAUUUCUGCAAGCAGACAUUAACUUCUAUGUUUGACACUCAAGAACCAGUACCAUUUGUUGCAUCUUGCAAUGAUGAAGUGAAUCACCAACUAUCCCGCCCAAUAUACUCACCAAAUGUAUCCAACGAGUAUUUUAGAAAUUGGUGUGUUGUUGAUCCUGAAGAGAACAACAAUGGAACAACAACAGACUAUCCUUCCAAUGCCUCCAACUUACGAACUUCACCGAAGAGGUCGUAUCUGGAUGGCCUACUUACCAGUUAUGGACACGCUGAAGAAGUCAAUGAAUCGCGAGUAAAGAAAUCUGUUUAUUGCCUAUUGGAUGGUUAGUCCAAUAGCUAAUGAACCCCUUAAAAGGAUAUCACUAGGAGAUUUUGUAAUAAUGCAAUGCAUUAUUACAGAGAGUAGUUUAAUGAUAUUCUUCUAUGGACCUUUUUCCCUUUCCUCUUUCUUAGUUUCUUUUCUUUGAUCAGCCUCCAAAAUAGUAAGGAAAAUUAUUGUUUUGAAACCCAAAACCAAAAACCUAGUCAACCAAGGCUUCAAAGCCAUCCUUUACAAGCGCCUACUUAAAUCCCUUGUCCUCUUCAAAAACCAGAAACAAACAACACAACAGUGUUUGAGUAUCACCCAAAACAUCUUUGAGAGUUCUCUAAACAGUUCUCCUGCUUAUCAGCAACUACUUAAUCUUCUCUAAUUACAAACUUGUUAAACAAUCUACUCCUCUUCACAAAAUUGGAAUGCUUGUCCUUAAAGUCCCUAGGAUGACUUCCAAUCACAUAUGUCGCCAACCUCUUGCUAUUGCUCGUAGGCUGGUCAAUGACCCCAUAGAGCUUAGCAUCAAAAUCUAGCAUGGCUAAGUUGAACAUCAUUAGUUCAUCCUAGCUCUUAAACAUGUAGUCAAAUUUAUAGCUACAAUCACCCUUAGUAAAGGCCUUCCCUUAAAAAAAUUGAAUUUCUUGUAAUCCAUAUUGUCCAAAAACCAUUGCCUUGAAGAAAGGCUUGGAAAACAACUCCAUAUGGUACUAAAUAAAAGAGAAAUUGAUUUCCAAGUACAGCUGCCUGAACAUACCUUUUCCUCGAAGAACUUCAACAAUUAAGGUUCCAAGAAGCUUUCUUUUAGGAAUUGGAAAUUUCUCAGGAGGAUUAUUGGAAUGUAAGACUUCUUCAACAAUUAAGAAUUGUUCAUCUGUGGCAACAUCUGGAAAGUGGAAACAAGGCCAGAGAAGCUGAAAAAUUGUUUUUGCUGAUCAUUGUCCCUGAAAGGUGAAGUCUUGUAGAGUUUCAAUAAUGCCUUUAGAAAAGGUUCAAAGCAGAAACUUGGAGAAGCCCUUGAAUUCAGCAAUCAGUAGGUGGAAAGUUUCUUAUCUACUUGGAAGCAUAAUCUAUAUUGAACUGUAUCUAUUCCACUAUUAGAAUAUACAUAUAUCCAGUGCUUAGUUUGGUUCCUGCAGUGGUGUUCCUGAAGCUGGUACUAUAAUUCAGCAGAACAAUGAGUUCCUAUUUUAUACUUUUUUAUUAGUUUUAAGGUAAAGAUUGCUAUGAUGCUGCUCUCAUAGGGGUAUAUAUAUGAAUAUUUUCAUCAUCACUGUAUAUUGUGUUGAAUCCUACUUCAUACAUGAGUAUUCUGUGCUACUCACACGAACUUGGAGUGGUGAAAAUUGAAAUAACUUUAUACACUUGUGUAGAUUAGCUUACUUUCAAGAUCAUGGCAACAUAUGGUUGUUGUUCAACUUUGUUAUGUAUUUUAAUAUCAACUCUCUUAUGUAUGACUUCUGUAAAGUUUUUAUGUGUAUCUAUCAAAUUUGAUCUUGUGAAC